UGCGUUUGACAACGCCGUGAACGGACGCGUUGGCUCGGGCAAAUAUAUCAAUGUGGUUACAGUGCAAGUGAAUGAGAAGUGCCAUAAGUGGAAAGAGAGUGAAAUACAUUUUGGCGGGAAAUUGUUGUACUAAAUGAUUGAAAUAAGAGUGCCAAAUAUCAAAUUCCUUCAAAAAAUUAAAACUAAAUUUUGCCCAAACAGCUCACAACCAAAAAGAAAAAUAAAUAAAUAAACAACAAAUAAAGAAUUGGAAACAAAUCUGCACAGGCCGUAAAAAAGUGACAUAAUCUUGAAUUAAAACCUCCAUACAAGUCACGUACACUUAAUAACAAAGAAACAAAGAAACCAACUCAAAAUGUAUUGUUAUGUGGCGCACCAAGCGUCGUCUAUUUAAAAAUCUCUUAUCGAAUUAUGAUUAAAGAACACAUCAAAAACACAAAGCAACAUAUGCCGACCCCGGUCCACUCAUAGACACACAGCACAGUGAAUGAAAUCAACGCGUACGCCGCUCUGCAUUAAACAGCUGACGUCCGCACACUCCACUGGACACAUACCGCCGCUUCAGCCGCGGAAAUUUGCUUUUAUCGCACACUUUGCCGCAAAGUGAAUGUAAAUAGAGACGUUGCAAGCAUAAAUUCUAGAGCAGUAAAGCGGUCUUGCUCUUUUGAGCUUGUGUGGCUCAACAUCAAUUGUCUGUAGUCAAAGCGUCUACGCCCACACAAUGGCCUUUCUGUUCGAACCAUUUCAGGCCGAUGACCAAUAUUUGCGCGAAUUCCUUUCACAUCUCUAUCUCAAUUGUAUAAUACGCUAUCAGAAUGAGACCGGCUCGGCGGUCAAUGAUACGGACGAUGACGCAAACUACAUUGGUGUGCCGCGUUACCUCGAAGAGGCCGUGCUCAACGAAGGCAGCAUAGACUUGUCGAAUGUGGACGAGGCGCAGGCGGAACAAAAUGAACUUUUCGCCUACAUCUCCAAGCAUAGCUUAAAGCCACCGCCAACAACAACAACAGCAGCGUCACUCACAAGCAAGAAUAGCAGUAUAUUUCAGAGCAACUACAAUGCGAGCAACAUAAAUGCGACAUACCCAUAUAUCAACAACAUUAUUGUCACUUCAACGCCUGCAACAAAUGCCAACACUUCUGCAAAUGGCACUUCUUCGUCGGUUUCUUCAGCAACUGCUUCGCCAGCCACAUCACCCACGGCUGCUAGCUCGCCUCCGCUGCGCUUUUGCCCUUUGCGCUUCGAUGGCUACCUCUGCUGGCCGCGCACGCCCGCCGGCACUGUGCUCAGUCAAUAUUGUCCGGAUUUUGUGGAGGGCUUCAAUCGCAAAUUUCUGGCGCAUAAAACUUGUCUGGAGAACGGCACCUGGUAUCAUCAUCCUGUGAGCGGUCGUGAAUGGUCCAACUACACCAAUUGCAUUGAUUACGAUGACUUGCAGUUCCGCAGUUUUGUCAAUGAGCUGUACGUGAAAGGCUACAUCGUUUCCUUAAUCGCAUUACUGCUCUCACUUGUCAUAUUCCUCGGCUUCAAAUCCUUGCGCUGCACACGCAUACGCAUACACGUGCACUUGUUCGCCUCGCUGGCGUUCACUUGCAUCGCCUGGAUACUCUGGUAUAAAUUUGUGGUCGAGCAACCGGAUCUAAUAGGCAAUAAUCCGCCCUGGUGCAUAAUUCUACACCUGGUCGUGCACUAUUUUAUGCUGGUCAAUUACUUUUGGAUGUUUUGUGAAGGGUUGCAUUUGCAUUUGGUAUUAGUGGUGGUCUUUGUUAAGGACACCAUUGUGAUGCGUUGGUUCAAGCUCUUCGCCUGGAUGUCACCCAUACUUGUGUUGAUGGCUUAUGGCGCGGCAAGAUUUUUGCACACCGACGAUAAUACGCACUGCUGGAUGGACGACAGUCUGCUGCUCUGGAUCCUGUCUGUGCCCAUUUGUGCAUCGCUCUUGGCUAGUUUCGUUUUUCUCAUCAAUGUUUUGCGCGUGAUUGUGCGCAAGUUGCAUCCGCAGUCGGCGCAGCCGGCACCGCUGGCCAUAAGGAAAGCAGUGCGCGCUACAAUCAUAUUGAUACCGCUAUUUGGCUUGCAACACUCACUGCUCCCCUACCGCCCCGACACUGGCACACCACUGGAACGCUUCUACCAAAUACUCUCGGUGAUAUUGGUGAGUCUGCAGGGCUUUGUCGUCUCCUUCCUCUUUUGCUUUGCCAAUCACGACGUCACGUUCGCCAUACGCACGCUCUUGAAUCGGCUCAUGCCCGGUUUGGUCUCACCACCCCCGCCAGGCACACACACCGGACAAAUGGCAACAACAACACCAAGUCGCGAGCUGGGCGUGUAAGCGCAGGUAGCUGCGGAAGGAAGGAACUCGGAGAAUGACGAGAAGCGUACUUAUAGCAAAGAAGCGUAGCUUUAGCUAGUGGAGGUGCAUCAGGGCGCAGCCACAAAGGGGUUAGGACCACCAAACUAUUGAUGGAUGGAUGGAGGAACACAAAUAAUUUAUUUUAAAAUGAAAUUUCGAUUUAAGCACUGUAUCCCUCAAAUUCAUAAAAUUUAAUCUCUAAGAGUACGAAAUUGUGCAGGAAAAAGUCAUAUUCAAGCCACAACAACAAAAGUAAAGACCAGAAACAUAUAAAAACCGAAAAUUAAUACUGAAGGGAAAGUAAAGAAGUAUUUAGAGGCCAAUGUAACCGAACAAAUGUAUUAUUACAAAAUAUCAAUUGAGAUUGCAUAUACAUAUGUACUACAUAUAUAAUAUAUUUACACAGUAGUAAUAAGCCACGCUGUAAUUUAUUUGAAAGCACAUACAAAUAAAGAUAUGAAACAAAAAAACCAAAA